AGUGACUUAAAAUGGCAGCUCUUCAACCUAGCCUGGAUGCAGCAAGCACUAAGGACAGAUUCAAGGGGCGUGUAGCUAUAGUCACAGGGGGAGCCAGUGGUAUAGGCAGUGCAUGUGUGCGACGCUUCUUGAAUGACGGAGCACUUGUUGCCUUCUUCGACAUCGACCAAGUUGCAGGGAAACAGUUGGAAGCUGAGCUCCAGGCGGCUGGCUUUGAGACGAAAUUUUACCAGGUCGACGUUUCCGACCGAGAGGCCUGCUUCGAGGCCGUUAGCCACGUAGCUAGCCAGUACGGUGGCUGCAUCAACUUUCUUGUGAACUGUGCUGCGGUAUUUAUAUUAAAAGCUCUAGAUGCCGACACGUCCGACUGGGUACAAGUCAUGAGUGUGAAUGUGGCUGGAUACUCGAAUAUGGUACAGGCCUGCUUCCCUCACAUGAAGACAGCCGAACCUGACGCCAGAUCAGUCGUCAAUAUAGCCAGUAUGGUCGGCCACAUGGCAUCGGCCAGUAAAUGGACGUACUCGACCAGUAAAGGUGCCGUGCUGGAGCUGACCCGGUGUAUGGCACUGGACUUGGCCAAAGAUGACAUACGGGUGAACUCCGUGUCACCGGGAGCCAUAAAUACGGCAGCGCUGGCAAACUUCUUCGCAGGCGAUGAAGACCAAAAGAGGUGGUUCGAGGGAUGUCACAUGAUGAACCGUAUCGGCGCAUGCGCAGAAGUUGCCGCCGCCAUUGCCUUCCUCUGCAGCAGAGACGCAUCUUUCAUCACGGGCGCCGAUCUCCCAGUAGAUGGCGGCUAUACGGCACUAGGCCCUGAAAGGCAUGGGAAAGACGGAGCCAAGUUUACGGGCACGAUUCCAGAGUAGACGCUGCACCUCUCCUUCACCUAGAACUAAGCCAAGUUUAACUGUCCUAUGGCCCAAAUGGUUCCUACCACGUGCCCAUUGCCCUUCCAUUUUAGAAAAUAGGGGAGAAUUAACAGACAUGCUGAAACUGUCGGUCCGAUCGGUCAUGACCGGCAAAAUUUUUCUGGACCGGUAAAAAAUCGUACUUUUUCGGCCCACAGGACCUACAAGAGUUUUAAGAGCCGCCAUUUUGAAUUUACAGUCAUCGUUCGAUAUACUUAUACAAGAAUAAAAUUAUAUAAAACCCACAACAUUUUUUCUUUCAUUGACUAAUCGAGCGACACGUAAAAACCGAUCACAUUUUGUUCACAUUCACUAACAAAGUACGCUAGCCAAUCGUAGUAUCCGUCUCAAACGAAUGGGUAACUCCCCAUAUGGAAUCCCCCUGCUCUCGAUAUUACGCGCGCUGUCAUUGGUCUAUUGGUUGCAACGUACAGACCGUUAUCACGAGGGCGGUCCACGCUGCCUAGAACAAACAUGUCAUGGCAAAUGUUUACUGCUAAACUUGGACGCCUGACUCAUUUCUCAAGAACAAUUAUUCAUAUAAAAAGAUGGCAAUUCUUGAGAAAUUAAGCGGUACACGCUGUAGGCCUACUAUUGAACUAAAGGACAAAGUGUGAAAUUCAAGGACUUUCAAAGGAAGAAACGAAUUCAAGCUCUUCUAAAGGCCUGUAUGAACCCUGGAACUUGUGAAAUGAGAACAGCAAUAAAGCAGUGCUUCAUAAGUGUCAGUUUU